AUGCUGCUUCUCUCAGCUGCCCAAGAAAGGACACUCCACUUCGUUACACUGGUGUAUCGCCAUGGUGACCGAUCUCCCCUGGGCACCUAUCCCACAGAUCCCCACAAAGCAGCAGCUUGGCCACACGGUUUCCAGCAGCUGAGUGAGGUGGGCAUUUUGCAGCAGAAGGCUCUGGGGCAAUUCCUCCAGAAGAGAUACGCUGGGUUUUUGAGCACCUCCUACAAACCACAGGAAAUCUACGUCCGCAGCACUGAUUAUGACCGAACCAUCAUGAGUGCCCAAGCCAACCUGAUGGGACUCUAUCCAAAUUCAAAUCCAGAGAUUGCUUGGAAGCCUGUUCCCAUCCACACUGUGCCUACUAAGUAUGACAAACUUUUAAAACCACCAACCAGAACCUGCCAACGAUAUCAACAAUUGAUGGAAGAGACUAUUAAUUUGCCAAGCUAUCAAGCUAAAUUGGAAACAUGGAAGGGCUUUAUGAAAAAGAUGGCUAAUUAUACGGGACUUAAAUCUGAACAGAUGACCCUGAGAGGCCUUUGGAAGGUGUAUGACACACUCUUCUGUCAGAAAACCCAUAACAUGACUUUGCCUAGCUGGGCUACACCACAGGUUCUGGCAACUCUCUCCGAGAUCGAAGUGUUUAAUAUUGAAGCCCAUGUGGGAAUGCAUGCUGCCCGGGAGAAGGCUCGAUUCACUGGAGGGUUGCUGCUGGGUGCUAUUUUGAGCAACUUUUCCAAAAUUGUGUGCCAAGAUCUGCCUCUUAAGAUGAUAAUGUAUUCUGCUCAUGACAGCACCUUGAUUGCUCUGCAGGGAGCCCUAGGCGUUUACAAUGGCCAUCCACCACCCUAUGCAGCUUGUCACGGAUUUGAAUUCUACCGAGAAAGCAAUAACUCUUUCAGUGUUGCCAUGUUCUACCGCAACAGGAGCAACCAGCAGCCCCAUGUGCUGGCUCUGCCUGGCUGCCCCACACCUUGCCCAUUGCCACUCUUCAUUCAUCUCACCCAUACAGUUGUCCCAGAGGACUGGGAUGCAGAAUGCCAAAACCCUCAGAGGGGUCCAGGGCGCACUGUAAUAGCACUGACUGCAGCAGUAGGUCUACUAAGUGUGGCACUGAUUGGCAUGGGCAUCUUGUAUUGGAGAAGGUGAUACGAAGAUAAGCUAAAUGGCAACCAUCCAACCCUCACGGAGUAAGACGCAAACUGCCUUUUUGUAUUCUUAAAAAUGUGGUGCAAUGCAGCCAUCUCUGACUUGCGCCCACCUCUUGCUC